CUUUUAGUUCUCAUUUGAAUCUUCAGCGGGAUAUUGCUCUUCUCCUUGUCGUCACUGCCAUUUUUGGGGAAAUCGGACUCGCUCCUCCCCCUCCUAUAUGUAUUGGAUAGACGCUCCAUCGAAAAAUUGUUAUCAGUGUGCGGGUUAGUUCGCGACUCCGGGAAACGGGAUUCCGAUCGAGUUCUUAGGAAAUUGAAAACGCGCGAAAAUUACCUACAGAAACUGUAUGUGAGAGAAUCUAAUAUUCAAGGAGUACAACAGCAUCAGGUGUAACUGAUUACUCAAGGAUAUUCGGAAGCAGAGGGAAAGAGAGAAAAUGAAUCUUCUCUUUCUAACGUUUGCCACGCUUCUGGUGGUCUGCCGCGCGGAUAUUCCACUGUUGGAACUCGGACUAGACCCAAACGCGCAGCAGUUUAAGAAUGCAAUAGAGCCCAGCGAAUCGGAAAAUGUAUUCACAGGAUACUCGAAUGAGAAACCUAUUGUAGUUUUUCCCGAACCCACGAAAGAGUGCGUCGGAGGACCGGAUGUAUGUGGAUAUACCUACACGACACCCGAGUGCCCUUGGGAAGAUCGUAAAACUGAAGUCCUAACCUCGACGAGUACCGAAACUCAAACGUUGACUGAAACCAAAGUUCAAACGGAAACGGUGGUAGUUCCAACCACUAUAAUCGAAGUUACUACAAGCGUGUCACGUUUCUGCGGAACUACAAACACUUACCUGCCACCUUCAGAUGAGGAAACAAUAACAUUGCGCCCAGAUACCGUUACCAAAACUAUAACCCUGCCUCCAACCACAACGACCAUUACUUCUCGAGGUCCACCUGUUGAGACAACUCGUACUAUUACUCCAACUUCGACUAUUGUAAUUAGCAAAACUCCUUUUGUAACAAGCACGCGUACUAUAACACCUACGAUCACGAAUGUUUUCACGGCCGAAAGUACCUCAAUCACAAGAACAGUCACUCCAACCUCCACUUCCUUAGUCUACCUACCAUCAGUAUCCAUUACCAGAACAAUAACACCAACAUAUACUGAUUUGGUUUACCUCGACUCUGUUACAACAACGCGCACUGUAACUCCAACAUCAACUUAUUUGCACUAUUUACCUUCAGUGACUGUUAACAGAACAGUUGUUCCAACUUCCACCAGUUUGUUCUAUCUUCCAUCGGUAACUGUCAAUAGAACUGUCACUCCGACCAGUACAAACAUUUUCUACGAAGUUGCUGCUACAGUCAACCGAACUGUAACUCCAACAUCGACCAACUUAUUCUACGCAGCUUCUGUAACUGUGAAUCGCACAGUUACCCCAACAUCCACCAGACUUACCUAUCUAGAUUCCGUAACUAUUGAUAGAACUGUGACUCCGACCUUCACUCUGCUGUUGACAUUGAGCACGACGAAUACCCAAACAAGAACGAUCACGCCAACCUUCGUCGUUCAGGACUAUGCCGAGACGCAAACCGUCACGAGGACCAUCACCCCAUCGUUUGUCGUACAAACUUCCGUCCCAACGUCAACGGUAACUCGCACCGUUACACCAUCCAGUGUGAUUGUUACCACAGCAAAAUCAACCAACACAAUCACUCGCACGGUCACCCCCUCGGCGACCAGCACUACCACCGUUACCGCUCCGGUCUCAACGGUCACCGUUCGAGCCAAAACAACGGUCACUGUAACUCCGACACUCACCUCAACUCCAACGAUCUACAGCACCAUAACUCUCCAACCAACAACUCAAACCAUCUGCAAACCACCAAACACCUAUCUCCCGGAUCCGGCUCAACCGACUGUAACGCGAACCCGCACCGAAACCGUCACGGAACGUCUCACGGAAACCGUCAUCGCGUGCACACCGACCAACGGAUACCUCCCGGUAGCCCAAACGAGAGGACCAAAUCGUGACUUCCUACCCCCAGCAGAGGAUCGCUACAACUUUCUCUAAGCGUCCCAAACCGACAUUCUGAGUGAAAGUGAACCACAAGUAGACCCCAACGAUUCGCACUGAAAAGGAAAACGACCGGUUUCAAACGAGUGUAAUUAUAGCUUCCCUACGAACAAGAAUACUCUAGUUAGAGGCAUUUUAUUAUCUUUUAUUUUUCCUUACAUUCGGGUGAUGUUUUCCAUGCUGUAUAGUACUUUCAAGUGAAUAAGAGUCCACUUUUUUAUUUAGUAUUAAUGUCCCGAACCUUACUGCCAAUCAAUUCGUGGAAACUCACCCAGCUUUUUAUUUUGUCGAUUGUUACGAACAUAAUACUCAACACAUUUCGCUGUUAAUACAAAGUUCAACGCUGCGCAAGCAAUAGUUUUUAGAGGAGCGAAAACAAAACAAGCGCGUCUUAGUGUAAAUAUUUAAGGGUUGCUGAAUGAUAUUCGAAGGAAUGCUGCGAUGAAAUAGCGAAGUGCCGUUAGAAAAUUUAGAACCGGAUUGUGAUCAUGUUUCCGUAAACGAAACCACAUUGCUAGUAGAACCAACUAAUUUGAGGAAGCAAUUCGCGUGUUCAAAGCGACUUGGAAUAAAGUGUUCAUGAUUGCAGUUUAUAGCGAUUA